GAAACCUAGGUAGAAUAACAGUUUCAUAUUUAACGCUCAUAACUCUAAAGACAGGUUUAUCUUAAUUAAACCAUCAAACUUAAAUUAGUUCAAAUACAGAAUAUGUUUCCCUUGGGUCCACUUAAGACAAAUUUUCCCCCAUUGUCAAUUUUUUUACCUGGAACAUUGGUGGGGAAAUAGGAAGUAGGCAGUCCAAGGGGGUGCUCUUUGCUCCCUUACCGUGAGAGUGGGAGGAUGAACUGAUGGUGCCUGAUGGUACCUCAGCCCAUUUGCCCUGUUUCCUGCGGAAGAGAUCUAACUGCUAGAUCCUGCUAAGGCCAUGCAGUGUUACAGAAGAUCCGUCCUUUCCUAAAUUUUGCAGUCAAAUUUUUUCCAGUGGGUUAAAAGGCAUCCCAAGGGAGAGUCCUUGGGGAUCAAAGAGAAGCUCCCAUGCUCCUCCCAUGUUUCCAUUACCUCAAAGAUCCCCCCCUGAAUCCUGAGUGGUGUCCCACACGCAGGAUAUGACAGAGGUUCCUGACAUGUCAAAGCGACCCAAGGCAUACCUCAAACAAAAUCGCUAAUAUCACCAACCAGCCAACUAAGGGUCUGUGACAGAGGGAUGCUAAUGUGUCCCCACUUCCCCAUUGCACCUUGGCUACAAAUGGAGGCCAGCAUAUGGACCAAAUUUGCCUUGCUGAGAAGGCCAAGAAACUACUGUUUUUAACCCAUGAAAAAUACUGGAAAAGUUUUACAAGGGGCAAUUACCCAACUAUGUAAUUUAAGUAGCUAGUAGAGGACAUUGACCGAACAAUAAAGAUAGAAAUCUAUCGUGAUUUAAGUGACAGUCCAGCACAUAUAGAUAGCCUUUACAGCCAACGUCCUAGGAAACUGUCCUCACUUGGGUUUUAAUUCCUGUCUUCCACACACACAGCAGGAAGAUGCCCAUGAGUUUCUGAUGUUCGCUCUGGAUGCUAUGCAGCAAGUGUGUUUGCAUGAGGACAAGCCUUCAGAGCCUCAGGCUCAGGACGCCACCCUCAUCCGGCAAAUCUUUGGGGGGUACUGGAGGUCUCAAAUCCAGUGUCUCCACUGCCAGGAUGUCUCCAGCACUUUGGACCCUUACCUGGACAUUAGCCUGGAUAUCGGGGCAGCUCAGAGUGUGAGCCAAGCUUUGCAACACUUGGUGAAGCCCGAACAGUUGGAUGGUGAAAAUGCCUAUCGUUGUAGUACUUGUCUCGACAAGGUACCUGCUUCCAAGACGUUGACUUUGCACACUUGCUCCAAGGUCCUGAUGCUGGUAUUGAAACGAUUCUGCCAUUUCACGGGCAGCAAACUGGCUAAGGAAGUGUAAUAUUCUGAGCGCCUUGACAUGCAACGCUACGUGUCUGGGCAGAACGGGGGGUCGCUGACUUACGUGCUCUAUGCCGUGCUGGUGCACGCGGGCUGGAAUUGUCACAGCGGACAUUACUUCUGUUACAUCAAAGCUGGGAACGGCCAGUGGUACAAAAUGGAUGAUGCGAAGGUGACCGCCAGUGAUGCGACGUCUGCCCUAAGCCAACACGCCUAUGUCCUCUUUUACAUCCAGAAGAGUGAAUUGGAAAGAGACCGUGCGAGUGAGCCAGGUGCUGGGGAAUCCACGUCCCUCCAGGCUGACCACGCAGGCACGGCUGCGGCCCAAGGGGGGCCUGAAACCGACCCCAACAUCGAGGUGCCACAAUUGGAGGAUCACGUGGAAGAGACACCACUGCCAACAAUCAUGUUAGACCAGUGGAGAUUCCUCCAAGAAAGCCACCGUCCCAAGUCUGAAUUCAACCUCAGGAAACUAGAAUUUGCUCUUCCCCCCGACGCAGUCCUCAUUCACCAGUCCAAAUACAGAGAUGAGAUGGGAAAGGAUCACCGUGAACCAAACAUCUACCGGCUCAACAGUUCAGCCAGGGACAUCCCACCUCAGAGGGCAACGGCCAUUAACCAAGUCCCUUGUCUCACCGGCAGAGCCAGAGCUACCAAGAGGAAGAACAAGAAGGGACAGAGGUCUCAGGAAGCAGUGCAGGGAUCCCACUACAGGCUUUGA